AGAGACAGAGAGAGAGGGGGGCUUUUCUUCCUGUAGCAUUUAGACAGCUUAAGAAGUUAAGUUAAGCCCGGCUAAGUUAAAGGUAAAGCCAUCUAGAGAUUCGGUGCAGCUUUCAACUUGCUGGUGUUUGGUGUGAGCGCGCACGCACGAGAGAGAAAAAGAAAUGAGGGGCGGGCGUUGACAGGACAGCAGUAGCUAACCGGUUAGACGGGACAGGAGUGGCUGUGUGUCUUGUUUAAGGUGUGUGUGUGCGUGUGCGUGUGCGUGUUUGAGUUUGAGUUACCGUCUGUGUAUAUCUCUUUAAGAGACGGUGGUGACGAAAGUUCUCAGCGACUCCAGUGGAAGGAAACUGAACGGAGGACGCGACGACUGGAGAGAUCUGGCGAGACUCAGCUGAACUUCGCUCGGCAGACAGACAGUUGAAGAAGGAGCUUGUGUGUUGUGUGUGUCUGUGGAUUGUUGUGUGGGUGUGUGAUUGUUUGUUUUGUUUUGUUUUAGAGUUUAGGAGUCGAAUGGAAAUCUGACGACGGGAUUCGAGGAGACACCGUGCGCUCGGACGUGCGUGUGUGCGCGUGUUUGAAGUGAAGUGAAGCGAAGUGAAGAGCAACUGCAUACUUUUGUUUAUUUUGAGAGAGAGAGAGAGAGAGAGAGAGAGAGAGAGAGAGAGAGAGAGAGAGAGAGAUGAAGAGAUGGAAAGGUAUGAAGCGAGUUCAGUGAUUGCGUUUUUCUACAGAGCGCGCUGAAACAACCUGACAGACAAACAACAACAACAACUUUCAACUAGAAAUUAAACUGACAGCAAAAGAGAGACACACCCGAAAGAAAGCAAGGAAGAAAGAAAGAAAGAAAGAAAGAAAGAAACGUAGUUAUUCUAAACUAAACUCAACAUGGCGACCACAGUAACGGCGAAACCUCCGCUGUCACCGACUGGAUCACCGAGCUCUCUCGCACCUCCUCCGUUCCCGGAAGACGAGGAGCUCGCGCCCCAGUCGCCCAUCGCAGAUGUCACGGAGGCCUCAAUCAGGUUUGCCAAGACCUUUGCUGUGAUCUUCCCGGUCUACGUGCUUGGAUACUUCGAGUUGAGUUUCAGCUGGAUCCUGAUAUGCCUGGCGGUGCUGUUCUGGUACCGGAGGGGAGUCGCUGCUAGCGGAGACGGAGCUACGGCUACGGGAUACUACCGCCGGCUACCGGGGGACGUGUACGUGCACAAGGCCCUCAAGUUCUUCGAGCAGGAGGAGAGGACCGCCAGACAGCCGCUAGCCUCCAGCGACCUGCCACCCUGGGUGCAUUUCCCAGAUGUGGAACGUGUGGAGUGGUUAAACAAGACGGUGAAGCAGAUGUGGCCGUUCAUCAGCCAGUUUGUGGAGAAGCUUUUCAGCGAGACGAUCCAGCCGGCCGUGCAGGCCGCCAACACACACCUCAGCACCUUCACCUUCAGCAAGGUCGACCUGGGAGACAAGCCUCUGAGGGUGAAUGGGGUGAAGGUCUACACUGAGAAUGUGGACAAGAGACAGAUUAUAAUGGACCUCCAGAUCAGCUUUGUGGGAAACACGGAGAUCAACGUUGACAUUUCAAAAUUCUAUUGCCGUGCAGGAAUCAAAAGCAUUCAGCUUCACGGUGUCUUGCGUGUGGUGAUGGAGCCGUUGCUAGGCGAUAUGCCGCUGAUUGGAGCCCUGUCUGUCUUCUUCCUCAAGAAACCCCUGUUGGACAUAAACUGGUCUGGACUCACCAAUAUGCUGGAUAUCCCAGGACUGAAUGGCCUAUGUGAUAAUAUCCUCCAGGACGUCAUCAGUUCCUUCCUGGUUUUGCCCAAUAAGAUCAACAUUCCGCUAGUGGGAGAAGCUCAACUGGCACAGCUCAGAUUCCCCAUGCCCAAGGCUGUUUUGAGGAUCCACUUCCUGGAAGCUCAGGACCUGUUGGGCAAGGACAAGUUCCUGGGCGGACUCAUCAAAGGGAAGUCGGACCCGUACGCUGUCAUCCAGAUUGCCAAUCAGCUGUUCCAGACCAAAGUCAUCAAGGAGACGGUCAACCCUCAAUGGAACGAAGUGUACGAGGCUCUCAUCUAUGACCAUCCGGGUCAGAAUGUCGAGAUCGAACUCUUUGAUGAGGAUACAGACAAGGACGACUUUCUAGGCUGUUUGAUCAUCGAUGUGGCAGAGUUGGAGAAGGAACAGGUGGUGGAUGAGUGGUUUGAUUUAGAUGAGGUGUCGUCUGGUAAACUCCACUUGAAACUCGAGUGGCUCUCUCUGCUCGACACACCAGACAAACUCAACCAGGCACUCAGCAGUGUGAAAGCUGAUAGGACGAACCACGCCGACGACGGGCUGUCAUCUUGCCUUCUAUUGGUCCAUUUAGACUCAGCAAAACACCUGCCGCGAAACCCUUUAGAGUAUGAUCAUACACGCUUGAAGAAAUCAGCCGUCAAUAAGGCACUCAAGUCGGGGAAGAAAGUGACCAGCGACCCGAGUCCCUUCGUGCAGCUGAGCGUCGGACACAAAAACUAUGACAGCAAAACACGCUACAAGAGCAAUGAGCCAGUAUGGGAAGAAGCGUUCACCUUCCUCAUCCACAACCCCAACAAACAGCAACUCAAUGUGGAGGUCAAGGAUGAGAAGCACGAGUGCUCACUGGGCACGCUCAGAGUUGACCUAUCACAGCUGUUGACUGCGGAUCACAUGACCCUGCACCAGCGCUUCCCCCUGGACCAAUCAGGGCCCAGCGCCACGCUGAAGAUGAAGAUGGCUCUGAGGGUCCUGUCCGUCGAGAAGACUUCCAUCAAUGACGGCACUUCUGACCAGCCAUCCAACAUUCUGAUUCGCCGAUCCAGCUCCAGUGUCCCGCCUCCCUCGAAGCCUCAGCACACACACACGCACUCGCACUCGCACACGCACCCUUCAUCUGAGAACACCACCACCGAGUCGUCCUCCAUGGCAAGGUCUCCACAAACCGAUGCCGGCACGAACAAUGACUCCACCCCCACGCAUGCGCCUGCUGAGGCUUUGCCAGAGGACUUCAGUAGCGGGAGGCGGAGCAUGUCCAGUUUGGCCGUUUCUGAUUCGCUGACGUCCAAAGAGCCAUCUUCGGAUUGGCUGAUGGCCAAAGAGCCCACCCCCUCCAUCGCCUCCGACAUCUCCAAUCCCUACGCAGCACAGGAGCUCAAGCAGAGACUAGAGCAACUAGAGCACGGCGGAUCCAACUUUCCUUUGGGUGAAGUCCAGCUGACAGUGCGACACAGCUCUCAGAGAAACAAACUGAUCGUUGUGGUUCACGCCUGCAGGAACCUGAUAUCGUUCACUGACUCGGGUUCGGAUCCGUACGUGCGGCUCUAUCUGCUGCCAGACAAGCGGCGAUCAGGAAGGAGGAAGACGUCCACCCUCAAGAAGACACUCAACCCCGUUUUUGACCAGACGUUUGAGUUUAGCGUCUCGCUAGCAGAGCUGCACCGGAGGACAUUGGACGUAUGCGUGAAGAACGGCGGCCAUCUUCUCUCCAAGCACAAGGGGCUUCUGGGAAAGGUGUUGGUGGACCUUUCAUAUGAGGAGGUCUCCAAGGGUUGGACCCAAUGGUUUGAGUUGAGUGAAGACGGUCUGAAGAAACCUCCUCUGAUGUAGACUCCAGCCGCACCCGGACCGGACACACACACACACACACACACACGCACACGCACACGCACACGCACACGCACACGCACACACACACACACACACACACACACACACACACACACACACACACACACACACACACACAACUACAAAUCCUUUCCUGUUGCUUGUGGCAUCGUAACACAAGGGCUCAAUGUAGCUUUAGCCAUUUGUAGUCUUUUCUCCCAUUGAAACCCAUUAUAUAACACAAGGAUAUUGAACUGCAAGGGCUCAAUGUAGCUUUUACUCAUAACUGUUAGCUACAUCAAUGGCUGAUAGUAAGCCUCUUUAAUUAGCCAUUUGUAGUCUUUUCUCACAUUGAAACCCAUUAUAUAACACGGCUAUCGAACUACAUAAAUGGCUGCUACUCUUUGUUACUGAUGAAAAGCCAAUCCUAGUUAACGUGAUUAAUUGUCUUUUCACAAAGUGUUUUUUUUUUUUUUUUUAAGUUGAUACGGUUUGGACAAUAUGUUACUUAUGAAAGACAAUCUAAGAAGUCACGAGAAAGAAAAAUAAGAAAAUAUUUUUCACAACAGAGAAUUUUCAGAAAGAAAAUUGUUGAAAAGUUUAUACAAUUUUGUGGAUAAAUUACUGACCGGUGGUCACAAUCAAGGGAUCUUCUGACUUUUAACCUUUUUUUUUAAUUAAUGCCUUUUAAUUCUUUUUUUUUUAAGUUAAUGGAAUUUAAUUUCUAAACAAAGGUUACUGUUGACAGUCUAGUAAUAGCUGUGUUUACCCAACAGAUAUUUAAAUACUUAAGUCUAAGUGGUAAGCCUAAGUAGAACUAAAGAUAUUACACGAUGCACCUUUAAGUAUGAGGUGCCAGUUUUGAUCAGUUAUGAUAACAGGCAUACAAGGUCAGUAGUCAUUCAGCCGUUUUGGAAGAAAAAGGGAAGUGUCUUUUACAAACAUACAAGAUAUUUAUUGUCAUGUACUCGUGAGUUCAUAAGUAAUGAAAAGAUAAAGUCCCAAAAAAGAUAGAACUCAAAAAAGGCAGGUUGAAAAGGGAGUUGAAGUGUGAAGACAAACACUAUUUCCAAGCACACUGUACCUCCUACUUCCUGCUUUGUAGUUUUGAGGUUUAUUGUUACGGGACUUUAUUACAGCCAUUUGCCAAAUUGAAAAAGAAAAAAAAAGCCUCGAGAUGUUGGCAGGUGCGAUUUGAAAUCAAACGUGAUGCCAAUUCUUUUUAUCUUAAAGGACUUCAUUCUUUGCUUUUUGUUUGUUGAUAGUUGAAUUGUUACGUCAUCAUGUUUAAAAUCUUAACUGACAAACAGACAGCUGAAAACCAUAGAUAUUGUAAACCAUAGAUAUUGUUUGUUAAACUUCCUGCAGUAUUUUGUUACAUGAUAUAUCCGUGCCUUCUGCUCAACAAAACUUCUUUUUAGCGACGAUGUUGUUGUUGACUUGUUUACAUGUUUAUUGUGUAACAAUGAUGACAAAACACUAUGGUGAGUCCACAUUGUCAAAAAAAACAAAAACAAACAGCAAUCAAAUGAAAAUGCCACAUUGUUACUUUUUCUGCCUCUAGUGACAUUCACAAGUAUCUCUUUUUUUGUGAUGAGGCUGGACAGGUGAUCUGAUAAUUUGGAGGGAAAUGUCUGCCGGGCCAACAGUCUUUGGGAAGCAAUGCUGUUGUUAUUUUGUAUUUUGUUCAGAUAAUGGCCUAAUGUCACUAUGUUGAUCCUCCGUGCAAUGUUGCUCCAUUGUCUGGGGAUUCUUUAGAACACUGGGAAGGGUUCUAAUACAUUAUGCAACUUUGAAGGGGCCCGGAUAAAAUGUCCAGGACACAAUCUAAAGGAAUGCAAGUGAUUGUGCGUAAAGUGAUUGUGGCGAUUUUUGUUUUGUUGUUUGUUUGUUUUCCUGACAAGACUGGCUUACAGUACAGCCACAUUUGUAUAGCGAUGACUCAACACACACACACACACACACACACACACACACACACACACACACACACACACACACACACACACACACACACAUCAGUGUGAGUGACAAUCAACAUGAAUGGAAGGAUGAUAAAAAGAGGGGGGAAGUAAAAUGGGGUAAGAAGGGGAACAUACACACAUACACUGACAUGCUUAAUGGGAACAUACACACAUACACUGACAUGCUUAAUGCUUCAUUAUACUGUAGCACGCACAGAAUGACCUAUGCAAUCCUCCCUUUACACACACACACACACACACACACACACACACACACACACACACACACACACACACACACACACACACACACACACACACACACACACACACACACACACACACCUACACACACACACACACACACACACACACACACACACACACACACACACACACACGUGUACUUCAGACAUUUUGAACUUCUGUUUUGCUUACUGCAUUUGUAUAUCUUUUUUUUCCUCCACUCAAACUGUUCUACACAGAUAUAUGCGGUUAUAUAUGAACACACGCCCACACGCACACCCACAUACACACUUCAGGCACUUGGUUUAUCUGCAAUUGUGUAUCAAUGUGUCUUUCUUGAAACAAACUGUUUCCUGAAUAAUAAUAUGAAAACUGACAAAACACUAGCCUGGUUGUUACCAUCCCCUCUAAUAUUCAUUCCGUUAGUAGUUGUUUUUUUUUCUUUCAUUGAAACCCAUUUUAAGACGUGGGUAUUGGACUACGUAAAUUGCCUCUUCAGGGAGUCUAGUGUGUAGUCUUUUUUUCCCACUGAAACCCCUUAUAAGGCGUAAUUAUUGAACUACAAAAAUGGCCUCUUAAAAACCGGCUAGUCAAACACAUGUCUCUAAACAGAUGUAUUCAUAUACGGUUAUAUAAAUAGUGUCCUCAAAUUAUUAACGCACAUAUGAGCACACAUCACAAAAUGCACAUGCAGAUACGUUAUAAAAACACAAACAUUUUGCACACAUAUUACUCUGUAUGUUUCUUCUCAUAUAUGCAACGUGCCGAAGAAUGUGUAUUUGGAAAUUUGGAAAUCUAUCAGGAUUCUCAAAGAGAACUUUAAGGUUCUUCAGAGAAGCUGCUGGGAUUACACCAAGGGUUCUUUUAGGACCCUUCAUGUUUAACAGUGUAGUGUACAGCCUGUAUAUGCAAUGUGCUGCAAAGCCAUGUAGCCUUUCCUCCUAUUGAAACCCAUUAUAAAACAUGGCUAUUGAAACCCAUUAUAAAACAUGGCUAUUGAAACCCAUUAUAAAACAUGGCUAUUGAAAUACACAAAAACGCCACAGCAAACAGUUAUUUUUCAGACGGCUUGUAUUUUCAUUUGUUAUUAGGCCCAAAUUGCAAAGGGCGAAAAUAUCUUCCUUUUAAAAAAAAACUAUUUAUACACGUUCAAAACAUAUGCAAUGACCUCUGUAUGAUUGAUGUAACAAAUAGUAAGCAUAUCAUAUGACAUGUCAUUUUUCAGCUUUAGUUUAUCUUUUCUUCUUUUUUUGCAAUAUAUGUCAUUUGUGAAACCAAAUAAAUAAAUCAAAUUUGAUCAA